ACAGCACAGUACGUCGAGCAUCAGCAGCAACGAUGGUAGCAGUAGCAGCAACAGCAUUAGCAUUAGCAGCAGCCGCAACAUCAACAACAGCAGCAACAGCAUCAACAGCAGCAGCAACAGCAGCAACAGCAGCAACAGCAGUAGCAGCAGCAACGGCAACAGCAGCAACAGCAGCAGCAGCAACGGCAACAGCAGCAGCAGCAACAGCAGCAGCAGCAACAGCAGCAGCAGCAACAGCAGCAUCAGCAACAGCAGCAGCAGCGACAGCAGCAGCAGCAACGGCAACAGCAGCAACAGCAGCAGCAGCAGCAGCAACAGCAACAGCAACACAGCAGCAGCAGCAACAGCAGCAGCAGCAGCAACAGCAGCAGCAGCAGCAGCAGCAGCAACAGCAGCAGCAGCAGCAGCAACAGCAGCAGCAGCAACAGCAGCAGCAGCAGCAGCAGCAGCAACAGCAGCAACAGCAGCAGCAGCAACAGCAGCAACAGCAGCAGCAGCAACAGCAGCAGCAGCAGCAACGGCAACAGCAGCAACAGCAGCAGCAGCAACGGCAACAGCAGCAACAGCAGCAGCAGCAACCGCAACAGCAGCAGCAGCAGCAGCAGCAGCAGCAGCAACAGCAGCAGCAGCAGCAACAGCAGCAGCAGCAACAGCAGCAGCAGCAGCAGCAGCAACAGCAGCAACCCUGA